AAGUAAAAGCAAACAAUCUAUUUUUCAUUUGAAUUAAAGAAAAAAAACAAACACAAAACACGCUUCUCUUGUUGAGAAGCUAGCAAAACAACACUAAACCUGAAACAAACGUAAAUCCGCCGCAACAACCCAGUUUUUUCCGACGGCGUACAAGCUUCCUCCGCCGUAACGCCGUCGUUUAAUACCAAGAAGCUUGAUUAGGUUUCCGUAGUGUGUGAUUUGUGAGAUUCGUUAAACCCUAGCUCUACUACUUUAUAAUUCCUGUGAUGAUCUUUAGCUAGAUUGAGAGAUCGAAGUGAUUUGAUUACUCUAGUGAUGUAUUUGAUCGUUUGAUUUUGGGUUUGAAUUUUCCCCUUUUUAGACGUAAUCGGAAAUUUCUAUGUUCGGAGAGUUUUGAUUCUUUCUGUAAUUAACUUUACUUUUUCGUUAUCGUUUACUUGUAUGUAAUCUCUUUGUGUGUCUUUCAAGUUGCUGAAGUUUUUUCAAUACUUUGAUUUUUAAGCUAAGCAUCUUUAUCAUCUCUCUGUUUAUCUAUUGAUAUAGCUAUGUUCUAGGGUUUGUUUCCAUUAUCCUUGAUCGGUUUUGGUUGGUUUAAUGUAUAGAACAGUGAUUUUUUCCUGUUUUGAUGGCUUACAAAUAGUGAUUUUAUGUCUCUGAUAUUGAAUUUUGGCUUCAGUUUUAAGGUUCUGAACACUGAUGUCAAACCCAUUGAAAGAGUCAAGAGAGGAUAUUGCAAAUUCUACUCCUCACAUGAGGGAUAAUGAGUAUGUUCGGCUAGUUGUGGCUCAUGAAGCCUCCCCAGCUGAAACCGUGUUGUCUCUAUCGCAAUCAGAGGUGCAGAGUAAGAAAUUUAUGUGGUGGUUAAAAGCUUUGGGAAUAUGUGCAGUUGCUCUCUUGCUUACGCUUGUUUUCGGAAAAUGGGGAGUUCCGUUUGUGUUUCAAAAGGUUCUUAUUCCAAUUUUGCAAUGGGAAGCAACUGCGUUUGGCCGUCCUAUGCUCGCGAUUGUCCUUGUUGUUUCCUUGGCUUUGUUUCCUGUGUUCUUGAUACCUUCUGGUCCUUCCAUGUGGUUAGCUGGGAUGAUUUUUGGUUAUGGUCUCGGUUUUGUUAUUAUCAUGGUUGGAACCACCAUUGGCAUGGUUCUCCCUUACUUAAUCGGGCUUAUGUUCCGUGAUCGCCUCCAUCAAUGGUUAAAAAGAUGGCCUCGUCAAGCUGCUGUUCUAAGACUAGCUGCAGAAGGAAGCUGGUUCCAUCAAUUCAGAGUCGUGGCAAUCUUUCGGGUUUCCCCAUUUCCUUACACGAUUUUUAACUACGCAAUCGUCGUGACAAGCAUGAGAUUCUGGCCUUACUUCUUCGGAUCCAUAGCAGGAAUGAUACCAGAAGCUUUCAUCUACAUUUACAGCGGUCGGUUAAUCAGAACAUUCGCAGAUGUGCAAUACGGACAUCAACGUUUGACAACAGUGGAGAUUGUGUACAAUGUAAUCUCCUUAGUCAUUGCGGUUGUGACCACUGUUGCUUUCACUGUGUACGCGAAAAGAGCUUUGAGAGAGCUUCAAAACGCAGAAGCUAAUGAAGAUGAAGAAGUUCAAGUAAGAAAAGUGAGAUUCGAGAUGAAGAACGUAGUUCAGCACGAAGAAGAUAAUCAUCAGCGUUUGCCUUAGCCGAAAGUUGACACAAAGCUAAGAUAGGUUUGUAUAAAGCUUUGAACGUUGACAUGUUCUUCAGCAGGAUUUAGAGUAAAUAACAAAAGGGGUAAAAAAAGUCUGAUAUAGUAGGAAGACUAAGACUAGUCAAGAUUGGAUUUAUAUUAGUGUGACUGAUUCCAAUUAUUGAAACAAAUAAAAGAAGCAUUUAGGCUAAAAUAGUGUAUGAAAAUAUGGAUGCUCAUGCUCUCUUUGAUCUAGUAGUGUAUAUUUUAAUCUACGGUUGUCCAGGAGUUUUUAGAUUUGCUUUUUAGGCAUUACUUAAACCACAUUUGUACAAUUCAUUAGACAAUUGAUUAUUCAUUUCACUUCUUAGCCAUGAAACAAUGUUAAGAGCAACCCCAAUGGUUGGGUCGUUAAUAGUGUUCUUCCGAUUUUUUUAAUCUUAAAUUUUGUGAAU